CACAGUUGUUGGACAUGUCUGCACACCGGCUGGACGAAUCCCUGAUGAGAAGAGAGUCGACAAAAUCGCAAAUUGGGGACCCUGCAAGACGCUCUCAGAAGUCCGUGCAUUUCUGGGCACCAUAGGAGUCUGCCGUGCAUUUAUUUCGAAUUUUGCGCAUCGUGCCCACGCCCUGACACUUCUAACACGAAAGGAUAUGCCAUUCCACUUCGGUACUGCACAGAUCGCUGCCCAAGACGACCUGAAGCACGCAUUAUUGAGCUGCCCUGCGCUCCGGCCAAUCGACUAUUCAUCUGGGGACCCAGUUAUCUUAUCCGUGGACACCUCUCAGAUCGCCGUUGGUUUCCUGCUUGCCCAGUGCGAUCCAAACACUCCCAGUCGACGUUUCUAUGCCCGGUUUGGCUCAAUCACGCUUAACGAUCGAGAAGCUCGAUUUUCACAGCCCAAGCUAGAGCUGUAUGGAUUAUUCCGCGCCCUUCGUUCAUGGAAGCUCCACCUGAUCGGUCUACGAAAUCUAGUGGUUGAAGUCGAUGCUAGGUACAUCAAGGGUAUGCUACGGAACCCCGAUCUUUCGCCCUCAGCCAGUAUCAACCGCUGGAUCCUGGCGAUCUUAAC